AAUGCCUCAAUUACAAGCAAAUUAGCCAUACUUUUUUUUUUUUUUUUAAGGUACAGAAUAUGCUGCUUUUAUAGUUUCAGUGAAUGAAAAAGCCUAAUUUGCUAUGCCUGUUCCAGAUGCCUGGAUGUCCAGGAAUUUAGAGAGUAUAGAGAUGUGGUGAAAGAUUUAGGUAGCUAAAUGGGAAAGGUUGAUAUUGAAGAAGGUAGCUUAUAUGUUUCAGUUUUGUUUGCAUCUGGAAAAUAAAUAGGCCUAGCAGCAUUUGUACAGUUCUUGAUAAAUAUUUUGAUAUUAAACUCAAAGGGAAAGUUUUAAGGAAGUUGCAUGGUAGUCUAGUGGCAUAAAUGAAAAUUGGUGUAAAGUUGGGGUAAUUAUUUGCACUGGUAAUCAAGACUUAAUUGGACAGAGAAACCAGACUGUCCCUCCUACUUUGUUCGUAAGUGCUUAUGUAUCUGUCAGAUUAAGAAAUAGUCUCUUAAUCAGUUUUAAGUCAUUUGAUUUGGAAAGUUUUGAUUUAUAUCCAACUUUUUCAGAAGCCAGUCAGUUUUCUGGUACGAUAUAGUUAUUGAAGGGAGUAUAUGUAUGUGUAACUGCAUAAAAUAUGCAAAAUUAUUAAUAAAAUAGAUGGAAUCAGAGAAUAAAGCCCAUGAUACUAAUUUUAUAACUUUUUGUGCAUUAUGAUACUUCAUGAUAAUACAGAAUAUUAAAAUGGCACAGUUGCAAAAUUUUGUAUAUUAGUAAUUUAUAAGCCCUAGGGGACAUUUGAAGAGUUUCAUGUCCUCUUUUCCUCUUAAGUUUUUCUUUAUGCUUUAUUUCCGAACAUAUGUUUCUGAUUAAGUUGGAGUGUGCAAAGAUAGUGGUCAAACAUAAUUGGGGAAAGAUGUUAGUGAUUUCACUAAUUUAUUUUUACUUUGAACAUCAGCAUGUGUUCUCUAAUAUGUGAGUUUAGGUAGGUGUGUGCAAAUUUUAGCCCAGAAUGCAAUGCUUUAACUGUAUCUUGGUAUCUUAGCAUGGCUUGGUGAAAGCUUAUUUUAAGAUAACUAAGACUCCUCAAGUUAUAAAUUAAUAAAAAUUUAAGACAUAGAUGGGGGGAAUUACAGUUAAUGUUAGAUUUAUGCUUGGGUUAAGUAUUUAUAUUAAAAUUGUUCACAUUUUAGGAACUAGGAUGAAACAUGAAAGGGGAGGAGGGUGAAGAAUAUGGUAAAAAACAGAAAAUUUAGUAAAUUUUAAUUGUUAGAAACUAGACUUUUGAACAAUUUUAAAGAUUAUAAAAUUGUUUUUUAAUAAACUAGUUAUUUGCACUUUACCUGCUGGCUUUUCCAUUUGGUAGAUAACAUUCUGAACUCCAGCAGAGUUUUAUAAUCCCCACGUGCUUAAAUAUACUAAAUGUUCUUUUUCCAUUAAGGUUAAUGUUCGUGAAGAAAUUGAAGAGUUUUUUCCAAGAAUGUGGAAGAUAAAUCAAGAUAAAAGAAGGCUAAUGAAAAGUAUUAAAGAUCAGAAAAUUAAAAUUGAAUGGGGGAAAAAAUUGAACAGAAGAUUGGUCAGAUAGAAGCACUUGAAUAUUUUUUUAAGGCUAUUUUGAAUUGUUUGAAUUGGGGAAGAAUACACGAAGUAUGAAAAUGAAAAACUCAAUGAAGAAUGAAGAGAAGUAGAAAGCAAGAGUGAAGUAGAAUUAAAAGAAUCUGGAAGAAUGAAUGGGUCCUAGGUUAAGUAAAUGUAUGGUUUAUGUUCCAGUGUCUGUAUGAUCAAGUUGUAGAUGAAUUUGCAUGAUUGCUUAGUUAAUAGAGAAUUGGUGAUCUGGUUCAAGUAGGGAAUUAUUGAGGACAGUUAGCAGUAUUAACAAUGGGUUAUUAAUGAGCUGAAAUUUUUUUCUGGAGGGUGUUGCCUAACCAUUUGUUUUUCAGGAGCAAUCAAUAUAAAUAAUUACGGUACUUUAAAUGUUAGGUGUUAGGCAUCUACGUGACCAGUGCCAUUUGUAAUACUGUCUUCUUUGUUAGGAGUCUCGCUCUCAGUCAAAAUCUCCAACGGGAACUCCUGCUCGUGUAAAAUCGGAGAGCAGGUCAGGAUCUCGUAGUCCAUCAAGGGUUUCCAAACACUCUGAAUCCCAUUCUCGAUCAAGAUCAAAAUCCAGCUCCUGGCAGCCACCAUUUUACUUUCUGACUGUGUGGUUUUGACUACUCUAAGAACCUUAUGUCGAGGUCACGGAGGCAUUCUCAUAGACGUUACACCCGAUCCAGAUCCCAUUCUCAUUCUCACAGGAGACGAUCUCGAAGUAGGUCAUACACACCUGAAUACCGGCGUCGAAGAAGCCGAAGUCACUCUCCAAUGUCUAACCGGAGAAGACAUACAGGCAGCAGGGCAAAUCCAGAUCCGAACACUUGCCUUGGAGUGUUUGGCCUCAGUUUGUAUACAACAGAGAGAGAUCUUCGUGAAGUAUUUUCUCGAUAUGGACCAUUGAGUGGUGUCAAUGUGGUUUAUGAUCAGCGAACUGGACGAUCACGAGGAUUUGCUUUUGUUUAUUUUGAAAGAAUAGAUGAUUCAAAAGAGGCGAUGGAAAGGGCAAAUGGAAUGGAGCUGGAUGGUCGAAGAAUUCGUGUGGAUUACUCUAUUACCAAGAGAGCGCACACACCUACACCUGGCAUCUACAUGGGCAGACCAACUCAUAGUGGCGGUGGCGGUGGCGGAGGUGGUGGUGGAGGUGGAGGAGGUGGCAGGCGUCGAGAUUCAUACUAUGAUAGAGGAUAUGAUCGUGGGUAUGACAGAUAUGAAGACUAUGAUUACCGGUACAGAAGAAGAUCACCUUCUCCUUACUAUAGUCGAUACAGAUCACGAUCAAGAUCUCGUUCCUACAGUCCAAGACGCUAUUGAUAAACAGAAUGGUUGCAGAUGAGGACAUCUUUCUCCCUUCCCCCCCUCCCCCCCUCGUUUGGUUUGUUUUGCUUUGCUUUUUGUUUCUGUUUUUCUGGUUUUG